UUUGCAGAAUACUACCAAACAGUGCUCGAGCUCGGACGUUCGUCCACCUCCGGGCUGUUUCCCCCGAACCUGGCUGAGUUGGAGAGGAGGGGGCGGCAGAGGGGGAGGAGAGAAGUGGAGGGCUGGUCCCCUGCUCGGGAGAGUUGAACCCCCCCUUUUCCCUCCCCCCCCCAAAAAAUAGGCUACAGGAUCCGCCAGGGAGGAGACAGGCCUUGGCCUGGGAGAGCCGGACCCAGGGAGGAUCUCGGGACCCCAGCGGCAAAGAGGGGGGCCGCUGUACCCCGAGCUUCACCGCUCCCUCCUAAGCCGCUGUGCCCCACUCUCGGAAAGCCUGAGGCUAAGCAGCCAUCCCCUCGCUCCACCUUCUCGCCAUCCCCAUCCCCCACGCUGACUUUCCCUUUCUUCGCUGCUCAGCAGUCGUGGUUUCCUUUUUGCCUCUUGGAUGGAAACUUUAGAGUUGGUUUUGAAUUUGGCCAGCGUAGCCAGAUGCUCCCUCUUCAGAUCCGGUUCCCUACAUGGCCUUGGGGGAUCUGGUUCUGAUGACCUGGUCUGAUCACCACAGUCACAACAGCAGCAGUCCAGGAGGGGGCUUGGCCAGGCUCAACAGGUGUUUGCUUUGCUGACGCUGCUUUCACUGAGAGAAGCUGGCAGGUCCUUCAGCCCAGCAAGGAGAUGUUCCUGGGACAUCUCAUCCAAAGUCACAGGUCUCACCACCUGGAGCUUUCAGGAGCAGGCCCGGCAAAGAUCCAGGCUCGAGGCACAGCAUCAGCUUGGGACAGCAUGAGAACACAGAAGAUUCAGUUACGCCAAUGCAUGAAAAAGACCAGACUGGUGGUUGUAAGUGCCCACCUUCCAUCCUGAGACGGAAACCACCAGAGUGCCCUAUAACAGGUGACAGGAGAAGGGCUGAGAGGCGGGUACGCUUCCAAGAGCCCGAGGAGACGACUGUGCAUGACAUCUCCUGUGCGGACACCCUCGUAGCCCCAGACAGGUGGUCAUCUGGAUGCCCUCUCUUCCUGUGUCUCUGCCUUUGCAUCCUGCUUGGCCUAGCCCUGAGCCUCUAUUGUGGUCAGACCAAGCUGGGCUCCAAGGCCCUGGAGGAAUUCCGAGCCUGGCUCCUUCUCUUCCUCCUCCGGGUAAGACACAUGGCUAUGACCUUCUGGAAGUGGUUUGGGAGACAGUGACAGGAGCCUCCACAGAGCCCAAGCAUUUGCACAGAUGCAGUUCUUCUGCCUUUCUUAGUUUGAGGAACCUCUUCAGUUAUCAUUCAGGAAAGUGACUUCUACAGCCCUCCACCCUGCAAGGCAAUGAAUGGUGUCUGAGCCUAGAAUAUGGGGCCUUCUGACAUGAAGUUCCAGGAAGCUGAGAGUCUUCUGAGCAGCAUGUUCAAGUUCAAGGACAAACAAACAAUGUGUCUGCUGAGAAAGUUCCAAGCACCAAGACCCAUUUUCUAAUGGGUUCUCCAGGGCCAGUAGUAAGUCAGUUAUGAGACCUUCCCACUAUCACUAUUAAAAUACACAUGCAUGCACACACACGCACACACAGACACACACAAGUUCAGAGCUGGAAAUGGUCUGAGAACAUCAAGCUCAAUUUGUAGUUACCUGGAGGGAUCCCUUCUACAACAGGUCCCAUAAAAGGUCAUCUAGCCUCCACCCAAAUACUUCUAAUGAUGAGGAUCUCAUUUCUUUCAGAGACAAACCACUGCACUUUUGGCCAGUUCUAAUCAUUAUGGACUUUUUCCUUAUAUUGUGCUAAAACCUGCCUCUCAGCUAAUUUUCACCCAUUGCUCCUGAUUCUGCCCUCUGGGCCAAACAGAACAAGUCUCUCCCAUGAUACCCCUUCAGGUCAUUGAAUGUAAUGACCUGAAUAUCUGCUGAUUUCUCCCUUCUCUAAGCUAAAUAUCCCCAAGUCUGUCAACAUACCCUUAUAUAGGGUGGUCUUCAAUCAUCAUUUGGGUCAUUCUCCUCUCAACAAAUUCCAGCUUUUCAGUGUCUUUCCUAAUAUGUGACAUGCAGAAGUUAAUACUAGAUAUGUGCUUAUCAUGGCAGAAGUCAGCCAGACCAUUGCCUCCUUCAUUCUGGACACUUUUUAAUGAGUGCAUUCUGGAUUCUUUUAAUGAAACCUACAAUUUCUUUCAUUAUUUUGGUUAUCAUGUCAUCCUGUUGACUCAUACUGAGCUUGUGGUCAGUCCAUUAAGAAUCCCAAGUAUCUCUUUUUAAUAGACAUGUAUAGUUAUGCCCACUCACACAUAUACACAUACCCAUGCAUGUGUGCAUGCCUGCAUACAUACAAGCACACCAUACACACACAGACACAUGCUCCUCUAGAAUUCUUGGAAGCCCAGACACUGCCAGGUCAAACUGCUGUUCCACAAUUACAAAUUGGACUCAUAUUACUAUAACUUUUAUCAGAGAACAUUGGAUCUUGGGCACAUCACUUUCUCAAACAUUAAAGAAAGUUUCACUUGUUUAUCCACAAAUAGAUUUUAUUUUGUUUUCCAAAUUUGUCACCUUUGUCCAGUUUAACUUAAUCCCAUGCAAUAAACAUGAAGUGAUUACUACAAGCAAGGUGAAAGGCAGCCAGAGCAUAGUGGGUAGAGAGACGGCAUUGGAGUCAGGAAGACCUGGCUUCAGUUCCUAUCUCUAACACAUAUUAGCUAUGUGACCAUAGGCAAGUAACAUAAUCUUCCAUGCCCUAAGACUUCUCAAGACUAUAAAUUACAGGUGUGUUGCUGUUCAGCACUGGUGAAAGGACUUUUCACGAUGAAAUUUCACCUAUGGAAUCACAUCUGGACAAAAUAAAAUGUAUAACACCUUGUUAA